AUGAGAGGAAGGGGAUGGACCUUUAGCAACUCUUGCCAACGCUGCCUCCUGAGCUCUCAAAAACGGAAAUGUUUUCUGUCCUUUUCUUCACUAGGUACAGACACUUAUUGCUGUGACUGUCCAUUUGACCCCCCGCCAUAUACAUGUGAAGAAGUCCCUUGUGACGAAGUAGGACCAGUCUCCAUGGCCAAUAACCCUCCAGUUGUGGUGGCUGGGAUCUUCUCCUCCAAGCCGGCAUCCACCAUCUGCCCUUGCUGCCGCCAGAUCAUCACCACAGAGAUCGUCUACCGGGUGGGGUCGCUGACCUACGCCGUCUGCAUGGCCAUGUGCAUGAUGGGCGGCUGCAUGGGCUGUUGCCUGAUACCGUUCAUGACCAAUUGCUGCAAGGACGUGGACCACUACUGCCCUUCCUGCCACUACCACAUCUACCGCUACAAAAAGCUGUAACACACACCCGCUGCUCCAGUGUCCCAUGCAAGUCAGGUGGGAGAAGAUGCCGUUUCCUCCCAGAAGGGAAAUCACGUGGAUUCACACUCGCUGGCGGACGCCAUCUUUCAGGA